CAUCGCUUCAGUUUUAGCGCGAGUUUUUAGACGGAUUAGCCGGUUUAGCAAACAGCGUUACUUUUCCCAGAGCAAUAUAUUUUUUAAUUGUGAUGGAGACGCCUGAGUGUCUUCCAGCCAGCAGUACCCACAGUAUUGAGGAUGUAAAAGAGGGAAAUAAACGGAAAAUUCCUAGGGAUGUUGAGAUGGACAUUGAAUAUCUGUAUGAAGUUGUACCACAGCUUUCUAGAGUUUUCCGAAUUACUGACAAAAUUGGAGAAGGUACGUUCAGCUCUGUGUAUCUCGGAGAAGCCCAGAUGGGCGACGGGAUGAGAGAGAAGUUUGCACUGAAGCAUCUGAUCCCUACGAGUCACCCGGUGCGGAUUGCAGCAGAGCUCCAGUGUUUAACCGUUGCCGGUGGUAAAGAGAACGUGAUGGGAGUGACGUAUUGCUUCAGGAAGGACCACCAUGUGGUGAUUGUCAUGCCUUAUAUGGAGCAUCAGGCCUUUGUGGAUGUUGUUGAGAUGCUGAGUUUCGAGGAGGUGCGACAGUACAUUUAUCAUUUACUCAAAGCCUUGAAGCACAUCCACGAGUUCGGCAUCAUCCAUCGGGACAUCAAGCCGACCAACUUCCUGUACAACCGGCGAGAGAAAAAGUACGCUCUGGUGGACUUUGGCCUGGCUCAGGGAACUCCUGACACUCAGAUUGAGCUGUUAAAGGUGGUGAAAUCUCAGAAAGCUCAGAAAGAAUCACAUGGGAAACAGGCGCUGGUUCCUUUACCACCUAACACGAGGAGCUGUGCACCGCACCCGUCCACAAAAGCAGCAGUGAAAAGACCGUGUCCACACUCGCGCACAAAACACAGCAAGGAGCUGAUGGGAUUUUGUAAAACGCCUCGUUCUGUGUUUGGAGAGAGAAACCUCAACAGCAUAAACCCGACUAAAACUCCCACGGAUAAAACCGAAUUUCAGGGACGCGUGAUAAAACCUACAAAGACGGAUGACAUCAUCACACGGAGGUUUGUCUCCACGAAACGCCGCCCUCUCCCUGCAAGGGCACCAGUGACGAGCCAGAAGACGAAACCUGUGACGCUGAACCCAUCUCUUACCUGUAACUGCUACAUGACCGACCGCAUUUGUAACAUCUGUCUGUCCAGGAAGCAGCAGGUGGCGCCGAGAGCAGGAACGCCAGGAUUCAGGGCUCCGGAAGUUCUGACCAAAUGCCCUGACCAAGGAACCGCUAUCGAUGUGUGGUCAGCCGGCGUCAUCCUGCUCUCCCUCCUGAGCGGCCGGUAUCCGUUUUUCAAAGCCAACGACGACCUGAUGGCCUUGACUCAGAUUAUGACUAUCCGCGGUUCGAGAGAAACCAUUCAGGCAGCUAAGAAAUUUGGCAAGGCGGUGGUGUGUAGCCGUGAGCUUCCUCGACUCGACCUGAGGAUUCUGUGCGAGACGCUGAGAGGAGUGCGGCCCUGUGCGGAUGACUCGCUCCCGGCAGAGUUUCAGGCCUCGCGUCAUCCUGCGGACGUUAAAGAAGCGGAGAAACGGAGCAGUGUGGAAAACGCCACAGAAUCGCAUGCCAUGGGAUGGGACCAAGUCCCUGAUGAUGUUUAUGACCUGCUGGACAAACUGUUGGAUUUGAACCCAGCGACGAGAAUCAGUGCAGCUACGGCGCUGCAGCACCCGCUGUUUAAAGCUAUCAGAGAUUAAUACAUGUUCAUCCAACAGGUCGUAAUCCUCAGGGGGGAAUCUUCACCAGCAGUGUGCUGGGGUUCUCGUUCUUUGUGUGCUGUAUAUGAAGACAAGGUGCUUUAGUUUUAUAAUAAAGUGUACUGUAAUAUA